UAACGUAUUUUCUUGUACGCGCCGCUACGAUAAAGUUUUUGUCGCACCAAAGAUGAAACACAAAAUCGAUGAUGAUUAGUGGUUUAGGUGUGCGAGGUUAUGCGCGGCCCACAGACUCCUAAUCGGUUGUCAACCUAAGCGUCACGGAUGAUCGCACGGCGGCGAAGCCGUACGCAUUGGCCUUGUCCUUGCCUGUAUUCUCUGGCCGUGACGUAAUACAAUUUGUUUACAAAUUAUGGUGGUUGUUACUUAUGGCGUCUAACAACAACAAUUUCGAUAUCCGAUUUACACGGGACUUCGCGCCUUUACGAAAAUUUAUCUCAAAAAAACGCGCUGGUUGCGCGACGAAGAAUCCGCGGACGUAACGCCGUUCUCGUCGUAGUUUUGCUUCUCGUGCAAAAAAAAGGAAGAGCGAUGUAACGCGUCAAGGCAAUGGUCAACGCGAGAGACUGUUAUGGAAUUCUCCGUAUCGAAGAAAAUUACCAUAGGUUUAAUUUUAUUGGCCGCUAUAUCGUUUUAUAUCAGUUUAGGGUUUAAUACCUGUUUGAUGUCGAACAUAUCAAGUUCCCUACCGAAGUGGCAGCGCAUUCCGACUACAAGUUCAAAUAGGGAUAUCAAAUUUCCGUUGGUGCACUACACGACGUCGGUGCGUGUCGUCUCUUUAAUUGAAGGAAACGAGACUGACAUAUCCCCAAAAUACAAGUUCUUUAAAGAACAAGGUCUUCGGCCCGAAAGGCAGCUACCCAGCGCUUUGAUAAUCGGGGUUAAGAAGGGCGGCACGAGGGCUCUUUUGGAGUUCAUCCGGCUGCACCCCGACGUAAGGGCGGCGGGUAGCGAAGUGCACUUUUUCGAUAAAAAUUACGAAAAGGGCUUCCAGUGGUACCGGGGGCACAUGCCUCCCACGCUGGAGGGCCAGUUAACGAUCGAGAAAUCCCCUUCGUAUUUCAUUACCAAAGAGGCCCCGAAACGGGUGCAAAUGAUGAAUCCGUCGACUAAGUUGUUGGUCGUGGUUCGCGACCCGGUUACGAGGGCGAUUUCCGAUUACACGCAGGCGAUUUCGAAACAUCCCGACAUGAAACCCUUCGAAACCCUGGCGUUUUCCAGAGGAGGCGGGGGCUCGAUCGAUACCUCCUACGGUCCCGUUAAGCUCGGUCUCUACCAUAAGUACCUCACCAGGUGGCUCAAAUAUUUCCCCUUGUCGCAGUUUUUAUUUAUAAGCGGCGAACGUUUAAUAUUGGACCCAGCCAUCGAGCUUAAACGUGUUCAGGAUUUUUUGGGGUUAAAAAAAGUGGUGACGGAGAAGCAUUUUUACUUUAACUCCACCAAGGGUUUCCCGUGUCUGUUUAAAAGCGAGGGUAACAGCACGCCCCACUGUUUAGGCAAGACCAAGGGUAGGAGCCACCCGUACGUCGAUCCCGCGGCACUGCAAAAACUGCGGGAUUUUUACAAGCCGUUUAAUAAACGUUUCUAUCAAAUGACAGGUAUACAUUUCGGGUGGUCUUAAUUUGACGUCAUCGUACGAGACCUGUUCGGUGGUCUGUGGCCGGGGCGAUACCAAAUAAUAAAUAAGGGUAUACAUAUAGUAAGCUGGUGUCAUGGCGUCUCCGUUAAUGGUUUCGUUUUCAUUUUACUAAAAUCAUAAGAAACUUGCUUUUUUUUUUAACCAAAAUAUGUGUUUAUAUAAGAAAACACAUUAUGCCAAAUAUGAAUCUUUAAAUCGCAACACCUGUUUCGCAAUAAAUAAUUAAACAAAGCAAAAUGCGGGGCAGCCGAUGUGACGUCACACCGCAGGAAAGUACGAAUAUUUCGAGGAUUUCGUCGUUAGUCUCGGUUUUUAAGGGUUUAAUGCUCAAUUUGUGUAUUUGUCUUCCUUUCUGUAUGAAUAAAAUGGCUAAAAGUACUUAAAAGAGAUGUAGGGGGUUGUUUUACGAAGAGCACAAACAUUCACGUUUGUGAAAAUGCAUAUCUAAAUAUAAAUAAAUAGGCUUGGGUAAACUUGUUUACCAGUAAAGCCUACAAUAUAUCUUGUUUUUAAUUUUACUUAUUAAAAAAAAUUUUAAUGUCAAUGUAUACAAAAUAAUAUAUUUAUAAAUAUUUAUAUAUAUUUAUAAAUAUUUAAAUAAUUCAGCUAAUAAUAACUGUAAUGUUAAAUUUAAUUUAAUCACGAAGUGGAAAAAAUUUUAAAAUUUAAUUAAGUCUUAAGUUAAAUUUUCGUAUAAAUGACACCAUUAAAUUAGAACCACCAAAUGAAGCAAAAUUAAACAAAACUUUCUCCGAAAAUGACAAAAGAAAGAGAUUCAUUAUUUUACGUGUUAUUGCAAUGUCUGCUUACGCACGCCUAGAUUGAAAUACAACGGUCUGACGUCACAACCAAUGGCAACGCAUUUUUAUUUUUAUGGGAACUUCCUUUUGGUAAUAUCUCACAAUUUUAAUGGUUUUUAAUCAAAUAGCAUAUAAUAUACAUAAAGUGCGUUUAAAUGUCGAGUAUUCUUUACAAGUUAAAAAUAGAAAUUAUUCAUAAAAAUAAAAAUAAUUUCUUGUUCCAUAAAACAAUUAAAUCUUAAUAUUUAUUAAAACAUCAAUAACAAAGAAAAGAAAAAUAAUUGUCACACUAGCCUAUUAGUUAUGUAUCAGAAAUAUUAACAAAUGCACUAUCUAUCUCCGAUUUUUGGUUUAACAAGUAACUCUGUAAAAACUUCAUUUACCUUUUCUUCCUUAAAAUUUCCGUUAUUAUUUAAUUGGCGCCGGCCAUUUUAUUUUUAUAUUUUUCGCAAUUUGUGGCACAUAUUUUUUUUUCAUCCGAGUCUCAUAAGAGCUUUUUAUAUUUAAAGUAUCCACUUAAUUUCUAUAUCGUUUAUAAAAAAUCCGAAAAAAGGAACGAAUCGCUCUGAUUCCAUGCUCUUAUGAUAUUGGAUCAAAUUGUUUUGUUGCCGUAACAAUAAUGUCAUCUAUAGAACAGAAAAAAUUUUUGACAGAUAGGCUUUUUUUCGUUAUUUUAGAAACGUUUUUACUUACGAAUUUUAGAUCGCGCUAUUUAACAAUUUAAUGAGACCUCUGACGGAAAAAACGUUAUCAUAGUUGAUAGUCAUGUUUGUUUACGUUUCGCAGCCCCACCAUCGGAGGAUAAAUUCGCGAAUAUGGUGGUUAUUUAUAAGUGACAUUUAUCGUGAUCGAUCAGAGAACAAAGCCAAUAGUUUUGGUUAGUUCUGGUUACCGUUUCCAAGGCAUACUAGAUAUAUGUAGAGCUUGAAUAUUGCCAGUAAUGAGUCAUGAUGUAUUUAUCGUUUAUUUAUGUGAACUGUGAAUAUAUCCGUCAAAAUUGCCUGCUCGGCAAAAUUUGACUAUUAUAGGGUUCAUUUGCUCAAAAACGUAAGUAGUACAUGAAUAUUUAGGGUGUAGUUGUUGUUUACAAAGUCCAAAGAUUUUUUAUAUACGCGUUUUACACUAUUAAACUUUUAUUUUUUGUUGAUAACCGAAGUAGGAUUAAGUUUUUUUGUUAAUUAUGCCGUUGUUUAACUUUGCGUUGUAAUAUUUGCAGUUGUUUGUUGCAUUUCGCGUUUCUUAGGUACCAAAAAUACGAUACGCUUUUAUUAAACCUUAAAACCCCAGCAAAACGCCAGUAUUAGCUUAGGAGAACAGAUAAACUAGAGGGGCCUAACAUUCGAAUAACGAAGUAUUGUGAAAAGUUUGUACUUAAUCUUUAAAAAAAAACAUGUAAAAGAUU